ACACUCCACAGAGCCCAGCCACCUCGAGCACCUGCCCAAGCUCCCAGCCUCCUGCACGGCCCAAGCUCCAUGGAGAAGAUGUCAUCGGCAGGUUUGAACGUCGGGAAGAAAAAUGCAUACACAGCGGUCAAAGUGGAUCCUGAUGGGGAUUACUGUACCCCAGGGGCAUUUGAACUGGAGCGGCUCUUCUGGAAAGGAUGCCCAAAGUACACUCACGUCAACGAAGUCUGGCCCAACCUCUACAUAGGAGAUGAGAAAACUGCAUUAGAUCGCUACAGCCUUGAGAAGGCAGGCUUCACUCACAUCCUCAAUGCAGCUCACGGUCAGCGGAACGUGGACACGGGACCAGAAUAUUACCAAGACAUGACUGUGGAGUACCAUGGAGUGGAAGCAGACGAUCUCCCCACUUUCAAGCUCAGCCAGUUCUUUUAUUCUGCUUCUGAAUUCAUUGAUAAUGCGCUUCAGGAUGAAAGAAACAAGGUCCUCGUGCACUGUGCUAUGGGUCGCAGCCGGUCAGCCACAUUGGUCUUGGCUUACCUGAUGAUUUAUAAGAACAUGACAGUGGUGGAUGCCAUUGAGCAAGUAUCACGGCACCGAUGCAUUCUGCCAAACAGAGGCUUCUUGAAGCAGCUGAGAGAACUGGACAUAGAGUUGGCACUGCAGAGGAGGAACACCAAAAACAGCCUCCCGUCCAAUGACGAUGAGAACAGCACCACAAUCUAGUAUUGCUCCUGGCAGGGUUGUGCUACUGGAAAAUAAACUCUAUAAAAGGAGGGGGAGGAAAAGCUGUAGUUAAUUGCACAGUCAGAAAGCUCAUUUGUUAUCUAGAAGGAAAAAUAUCAAAAUCAUUUCAAACGUUGUCAGGAUGGGAAAGAAAAGAAGUCAAAUUUAAAACCUAUCGUCUUUGGAUAUCCCAGCUUUAAAAGAAAUCUUCUCGACAUUAACAAAUCUUCCGUCUAUAAACUUUAUCCAGCACAAAACCAGGCAUAACUUAAAUGAAAACAUCUGAGUACCCCCAAAAUCCUGAUCCUAGUCCAAGUACAUGACCUUUAAAAGAGAGGAACUAGCAAUUCCUGAAGAGCUUUUGCAGGAAAAAUGUUGAGAUAGUUGCAACACAGAUUGUUUAGUCCCAUAGCCGUGAAGAACUUCCCAGAAGUGUCUUUUAUGUUCUUUCCCAGCAUUGCCAUUUCUUCACAUAAUCUAAGAGCAGCAGAGUGUUUAGAAAGCCUCCAAACAAGUCUUCACAAUGGACUUUGCAGGAGAACGUGAAAGCUAGAAACAAAGCAAAAUCCUUGAAAAGAUCAGAUGCACAGACACAAUGGGUAACAUUUCAUGUAGAUACAGGUCAUUUUAGCAGUUUCAUUUCUAACUUGCUUUUCCUAAAAUUCAGGCAGUCGAACCAUUUAAGUCCAAUGCAUACACUAUCCAACUCAAUUUACUAGGCCACACACAACCCCUCCUCUCAAACAGAAAAACCCACCACACUGAGAAAAUUAUGCUUUGUGACUUGUUUUCUUCCAUUUGUGACAACUAGAACAAUACACAAGAAAUACACUAUGUCCUUUAUAGUGCUACAGAGAAGUUCACAUGAAAGUCCCUAAUAGCCCUCUAAAAAAUCAUCCAUUAUAACCAGUUUUCAUUAGAUUUUAGUUAUGUUUAAUAAGACAAAAGAUACAUACGCAGCCUUUAAAAAGCUGUCUCUGUGAACAAGUAGAAAGCUGCUGCUGUAUCUCCAGACACCACUACCAAAUAUUUACUUACAAGUCAGCUUCAAUCAUCCUAAUACAUUACUGUGCUCAAAAGCAAUUGCUAAUGAUGUUAUUUAUUGACAAUAGUCCAAAUAUGCAAAUGGAGAUGCCAGAUCUACUUUUCCACCUAAAGUUAUUGAAUACAUCAGUAAUUGUGUUUAGACAUGAUAGGAGUUUUGUCACCGCAACAAUAUUAGAUCCUAAAACAUACUAUAGAGAAAGAUCAAAACUGAACCAUGUUUACCUUUUUUUCCACCCAUGAAAAGGUUAUCACUCUCCCCACUGGAAUUAUGUUUAAUUCAGUGUAUCAGUUACAAGUUAUUCUCUUUUCCACCCUGCAUGAUAGCUCGAUGACUACUGUAACUGAAAGAGAAUCUGUACCUGAUUUGCAUGCAGAACUGUACAUUAGCAAGGUUUUCUGGGGCCUGAAGAUAGGACGUUCUUUUGCAAAAUUGUGAAAAUAAAUGGGGAAAAUUUUGA